AUGUCUGGACGUGCUUUAGUUUCCCUCCAAAACUUCCGUUUGUCUUGUGCUGAUCUCCAGCAUCCGGUGGGCCGUACUCACCGUCUGCUGCGGAAGGGAAACUACGCCGAAUGUGUCGGUGCUGGUGCUCCGGUAUGUCUGGCAGCUGUGAUGGAAUAUUUAGCUACUGAAAUGUUGGAAAUACCAGGAAAUGUUGCUGCCCGUGAUAAGACGACCCGAAUCAAUCCACGUCAUCUGCAAUUGGCAAUCCGGCUAAGCUCUGCUUCCUUAAACGCUGUGAUACAAAGAGUUAAUUCUCUGGAGUUGCUUCUGGAUAAAAACGACGAUGAACUGCGUGAAAUAUUAGCAAACAACAUAAAUGCCCGAGAUGAGGAACUCCGUCGCUUAGUUCGUGCAAUGAGUAACCUUAAGCGAUGUCGCAGCCAGUUGCAAUCAGGUGAUGUAAAGGAACCCUUGGAUUUGUAUUGGGAUUCAUGGGACCGUCAUCCCUCUCAUCAUCGUGCUUCUCCGAGAAUAAGCCGAUCACAACCAAGAAUAGGAGUCAAACUUUCACAGGUUAUUUAUAGGUGUAACGGAGUCGUUCAAAAUCCUAUGGAGGUCGUUCCUGCAAUAACAGCUGCAUCAGAUAUACCAGAACGAUUACUUCAUCCACAUAAUAUAAUUUCACCCGAUGAGAACUCCACCUAUACAUUGACUCCAUCACCAUCUCCUCCUAAUUCUCCCUCAAAUGCGGCACUGACAAAACUAACAAAAAAAGGGUUCCCAACCACGCCGCCCCCAAGAAAAAAACAUCAAACACACAUUCGUCAUACUGUUUCUCAACAGACUAACUCUCAGCAGCAGCAGGUGUUACAAAACAAUAAUUCUAUCAAUGCGGCCAAUCCGAAUGCACAUAGUGAACAGGUUGCAACGCUAAUAAAAUCUAAAUCACACGAAUGGCAACUAUUGCCAAACCAUCCACUACAAUUGACUGAACCAUCGGUCAACAUCAAUCAGCAAAAUAUGGUUAACUCAAACAAUAUCGCACUAAAUUCACAACUACAGGCCACAACGGUUGGCAAUGGAAGUGUCUCGACGAUAUCAGCAGUUCGAACACGUUUACAUACCGAGCCUACCUUGGAUCAACAACAAGCUCAUGAACUUAUGGAAAACACCAUAUCCUCAUUCCAUUAUCUUUCUAUUCCCCCGAAGUCUCCCUGUACACCAAUCAUUACACGAGGAAUGGGCCAUAUGAUUCAGCACCGUUUUACUAAAAAGUUAAAAGUUAGUACCUGCGAUCUAUGCAACAAGCAAAUGAUUUUCGGCUUGAAAUGUACAGAAUGUAAAUACCGCUGUCACAAGGACUGUAAAUCAAACGUUCCCCCAUCUUGUGGACUUCCACAAGAGUUUGUAGAUGAGUUCAAAAAAAGUUUACAGUCAGAUACGCUCAUGCCGAACAUAUCACCAAAUCUCGGCAGCCGUAGUGUGUAUGCACGGGACCGCAACCGAGUUCCAAUGCAUGGAAUGCAUGCAGGACCCGACAGUAGUUCUGCGGGCUCUAGUUGCAAUAGUUCAUCCCCUUCCAGUCCAGCGCUACUCUCUCUACCGCCUCAAACUCCGGCAGCAUCGAAACAUUUGCAGUUUAAUUUUCCAGAGGUUUCAAGUGGACACAGUUUAAAUCAUAUUACUGAAAAAGAUGGAAUAAUGAUCGAAACACAUUCAAUUAAUAAUAAUGUGAAAUCGAGUGGCAUAGAAUUAAUCGGACACGGCAAUAAAAUACCUAAAGUACACCUUUCCAAACUUCCAGAAUCGCAAAAAAGCAACGAUAGUGAUAAAACUGGUUCUACCAGCGCAGCCAGUACUGAUUCUUCGUCGGAACGAACGCCAAUUCGGCUCGAUUCAACAGAGGAACGUGAAAAUGAUAACUGGCCCAGGCAAAAUAGUCUUUCAUUGAAAGAAUGGGAUAUUCCCUAUGAUGACCUCAAAUUACUGGAAAAAAUCGGAAAUGGUCGUUUUGGUACUGUUCAUAGAGCGCUCUGGCAUGGCGAUGUAGCUGUGAAAUUACUCAAAGAGGACUACGUGGCAGAUGAACGAACACUUGAGGCAUUUAAACUGGAAGUGGCAACAUUUAAAAAGACUCGCCACGAAAAUGUGGUAUUGUUUAUGGGGGCAUGUAUGAAACCUCCUCGACUAGCAAUCGUAACAUCCUUGUGUAAAGGAAAUACGUUGUACACACAUAUUCAUAUACGGAAAGAUAAAUUUAAUCUAAACCGUACUACAAUCGUCGCCCAGCAGAUUUCACAAGGGAUGGGAUAUUUGCAUGCGCGUGGCAUUGCGCAUAAAGACUUAAAAACUAAAAAUAUAUUUCUAGAAAAUGGAAAAGUGAUAAUAACAGAUUUUGGUCUGUUCAGUGCCACUAAACUAUCUUAUUGUGAUUUAGGCUUAGGGAUUCCAAGCGGCUGGUUAUGCUAUUUAGCACCAGAGCUAAUGCGUAAGCUUACCUCCUAUCGUCCUGUUGAUGGUGAUUUGCCUUUCUCAAAAGCUUCGGAUAUUUAUGCAUUCGGAACGGUUUGGUACGAACUGCUCUGUGGAGAAUUUCCUUUCAAAUACCAACCACCAGAAUCCGUCAUAUGGCAAGUUGGUCGAGGCAUGAAGCAAACUCUAGCAAACCUCCAAGCUUCGCGAGACGUGAAAGAUAUUUUGAUGGUGUGCUGGACUUAUCAGGCUGAUGACAGACCAGAUUUCGCUAAACUUUUGUCAAUGUUGGAGCGGUUACCUAAAAAGCGUUUAGCUCGGUCCCCAUCUCAUCCAGUGCAACUAUCUCGGUCAGCCGAAUCAGUUUUCUAAACACAGUAAAAUGUAAGUUUCGUAUUCGUACGCAUGUUUAGGCGGUGUGAAUAAAACACGUGAAAAGCGAAGCAAAAUCUUUUAUUCGCGCGGCCUAUGAAAAUUAUUCAAAAGUAGAAAACCAACAAGUUUUCAUCUAUUUCUAUAAGAAACAAUGAAAAUACUAGGUUGAAUUUUGUUUGUGCAAAGAAUCCAUAGUGUAAUAUAAAUAAGUAAGACCAAAUGUCCUCAAAAUAUCAGAAUAAUUAGGAAAUAAAUGUUAAUGUGAUUGCGCAAUAGCUUUGGAAUAGCUAAAUUAAAAAUCUGAUCAGCGCAAUGAUAUAUAAGAACGCAAAUAAUUUAUUCAACAAUCUCUAAUAGGACGCUUACUUGGAGGAUAGAUUGAGUUUGAAUGGAAUAAAUAAAGAAAUCAGACUUGUAAAAUACUAAAACCGAAAA